UAUGGGUUUCUUGUACCUCCUAAAUUAGUCUUAACAUUUUUUUUCGUCGAGUUUUAACGAAUUUCUCGACUUGGGGGGUCGUCCUUAUAUUGUUCAUUUCAUUGUUUUUUCUUGUAUCACUUGUUACAUUGUUCAAGUAAAUUUAGAUGUAGCUUUGUAUCAAUGUUUCAAAAAAAAUGAUUAUAAGGAGUGACAUUUUAAAUCCAACUGUGUAGUUAAAAAUGGUACAGAAGCGUCAGUUGGUCGAAGUGGAGUAUGAUGUUUCACCCAAGCACUUGAAAUUGGAUAAUGGCUUCCAGUUAGUUUCGUGUCUGGAAUUUCCUUCGAAAGACAUUCCUUUCAAACCUUGCUCUUCAGGCGGCGUAACUGAGACCCAUUUCUGUAUAGAAACUUGCGAUAGUUACCGUCAGUUUGAAAGUGGCAAGAUCACAGAUCAUCCUUUGAACACCGGGGAUCCAAUUCUCGCCCCAGAACAUCACCUACCCAAACCAAGAACACUGAUUCAGCCAGAGAAUACUUAUUCUUGCCUCUUAAGAUGUCCUCCUCUUAAGGAAGUCCCAAUAGGUACUGAAUAUCAAGCUGAUAUUCCAGAAUGGUCCGGAUAUAACACUAAAGAUGAUGAAUCUUUAUUUGUUGGGUCUUGUGUGAUCCCAAUGCCUGACUUGAGUCCAACUCUGUGCAACGGUGAUCAGGUUGAUAAAGGAAGAUCUGAUUGUUGUUGUGGAGACCGGGGAUCUCUUCGAUGUGUCAGAAGGCAUAUAUUAGAAGCAAGAGAUAAUCUUAGGAGAAAUAUAGGGAAGGAACGAUUUGCAGCUCUUGGAUUUGAUACCAUGGGGGAUGUUGUUGCCUGCAAAUGGACUGAAGAAGAAGAACAGCUAUUUCAUGAGCUGGUUUACUCUAAUCCAGUUUCCUUAAAAAGGAACUUCUGGGAACAUCUUGCGGAAGCGUUCUCUUUACGAUCCAAACAAGAAAUUGUCAACUAUUAUUUCAAUGUGUUUGUGCUGCAAAGAAGGGCGGAACAGAACAGAUUUGACCCAAUGAAUGCUGACAGUGAUGAUGAUGAGUGGCAGGGAAGCGAUGACUUGUCUGAGGAAGAUGAUGAUUUGUGCCAGGAUGAUAUGCAAAACUAUGGUUUUAGUGUCAAAGAUUCAAUCUUUGAUUACAAAGAAUGUGAUUUUCAAGAAGACUCCUGCGUGUCUUAUGAAUUUCAAGAACCACAAGUACGUGAUGUCAAGGUUGUACAUAGCAAGCCGUUAAUCAACCAUGACUUCACAUUUGAUCACUUGGAAUCCAAAGCAUGGGACGGCGGGUACUUUUCUUUUCCCAAAAGUAAAUCUGAUUUCUUGUCCACUGGAAGCAUGAUUGAAGAAGUAUUUGGAGUCGAGUCUUGGAAAUCAAGCUAGCUACAAUGUUGAUAUCCAGCAGUUGAUCUUUCAUUGUUCGAUUUUCACAUGUGUAUAUAUAUAGUGUUUUGGUUUAGGUAGUUGAUAUAUAUCAUAAAAGUCAUUAUGGUUUGACUUUAACUCAUCCCUUCAAAAAGUUAUGGGAUGUGAUUCUUGUAAA